UCUCUUUCUCUCUCCCUCGAUCUCCCAAAAUCUCUCUCUGUUUAGGUUUUUCUAUUUUCUGCUUCUGGGUUUUUUUCUCUGUAAACUGUAGUUGGGCUAGGGUCUUGAGCUCCGUUCCUCGACAAUGGCGGUUUCUUUGAGAAAGCUCGUUUCUUCCUUUUAUUAAAAAAAAGUUAACUUUCCCCUUUUUUUUUUUGUUCUUCUUCUUCCUUUCUGCUUAGCUUACUUUCAAAUGGGAAAUUGCUGAAAUGUGUUGCAAGUUCAGGUUUUUAAGCUUGUGAAAGUUUCGAUUUUUUCGUUUUUGGGGUUCUUCAAUUUUAGGACUUUGUUUGUUAAGUUUGUAGAGGACAAUAAGUUUAACAUUUUUUAGAUUUUAGGAUAAUUUAUUUUCCGUUGGGAGUAAAUUGGAAGCUAAGUUAGGUUUUUAUUUUUAGUCUCUCUUUUGAUCUGUAAGUUUGGUGAGCAAUGAAUCGAAGUUUUAGGGCGAAAGAGUCUCUUUUGCUGGAUUCAGCAGAGAGGCAAAGGCAACAGCUUAGGGCUUCUAUGAUGGCUGAAAAAGAUGAAGAGCUCUCUUUGUUUCUUGAGAUGAGACGGCGUGAGAAAGAGCAGGAUAAUCUCCUUCUCAACAAUAACCCUGAUGAGUUUGAAACUCCAUUAGGUUCAAAGCAUGGAACUUCACCAGUUUUUAACAUCUCAAGUGGUGCUCCACCACCUCGGAAGGCAGCUGCUCCUGAUGAUUUUCUCAAUUCUGAAGGCGAUAAAAAUGACUAUGAAUGGCUUCUGACCCCUCCAGGUACUCCUCUGUUUCCAUCGCUGGAGAUGGAAUCACAUAGGACUAUGAUGAGUCAGACUGGUGAUUCAAAGACUCGCCCGGCUACAUUGACUUCUAGGCUGGCGAAUUCUUCAACAGAGCCUGCUGCAAGGAACCAUCUAACAUCUAGACAACAAACUUCUUCUCCUGGAUUAAGCUCUUCCAGUGGAGCCACUCGAAGACCUUCAUCUUCUGGAGGACCUGGGUCAAGACCCGCCACACCCACUGGAAGAUCAUCAACACUGACAACUAAUUCAAAAUCCUCAAGGCCUUCAACACCCACUUCGCGAGGCACUGUCUCCUCAACUACUCGACCUUCUUUGACUAACUCUAGGUCCACAGUAUCUGCACCAACUAAGCCCACGCCUAUGAGUAGGUCAACGAGUUUAUCAUCUAGGCUCACACCUACUGCAUCUAAGCCAACUACUUCAACUGCUAGAUCUGCUGGUUCAGUAACUAGAUCCAUCUCCAGCACCACCACAAAAUCUGCUGGUCCUUCAAGGUCCACAACUCCUCUGUCAAGAUCUACUGCGAGAUCUUCAACACCAACUUCAAGACCCACACUUCCUCUGUCUAAAACCAUAUCAAGGUCAUCUACACCAACUCGCCGUCCAAUUUCUUCUGCAAGUGCUGCAACUACUACAGCAAAGCCAACAAUAUCCCAAAUCAAGCCUUCUUCUCCAGCGCCAGCAAAGCCUAUGCCAACUCCAUCUAAGAACCCUGCUUUAUCUCGUGCAGCAUCUCCUACAGUGAGGUCAAGACCAUGGAAGCCAUCAGACAUGCCUGGUUUCUCGUUAGAAACUCCUCCAAAUCUAAGGACAACAUUACCUGAAAGGCCACUUUCAGCAACAAGAGGUAGACCUGGAGCUCCAAGCCCUCGUUCUGGCUCAGUUGAGCCAGGAGGUCCUCCAGGAGGAAGACCAAGAAGGCAAUCAUGUUCACCAUCGAGAGGAAGAGCACCAAUGUACUCUAGUGGUAGCUCUGUUCCUGCAGUUAAUCGUGGAUAUUCCAAAGCCAGUGACAAUGUUAGUCCGGUGAUGAUGGGAACAAAAAUGGUGGAAAGAGUAAUAAACAUGCGGAAACUUGCUCCUCCCAGAUCAGAUGACAAGGGUUCUCCUCAUGGUAACUUGUCUGCAAAGUCUUCAUCACCAGACAGUGCAGGAUUUGGAAGAACGCUCUCCAAGAAGUCACUUGAUAUGGCAAUAAGGCAUAUGGAUAUACGUAGAACCAUUCCAGGGAAUCUGAGACCACUAAUGACGAACAUUCCAGCAUCAUCAAUGUACAGUGUGAGGUCUGGACAUACACGUGGUAGACCGAUGAAUGUUUCAGAUUCUUCUCCACUAGCAACAAGCAGCAACGCUAGCUCAGAGAUAAGUGUGUGCAACAACAAUGGCAUUUGUUUAGAGGCAAGUGAAAAGGAAGAUGAUGCAGGCAGCGAGAGAGGUUGCAGGUCCCCUGCAAGCUUACAAGGGAGAUGAAGGAAGAAAGAAAAGAAAAGCCUUUUGUAAAACGUUCACCUUUGAGAUUCUCCUUUCUUUAUUGUUUGUGAGUUUUUAUUAUCACACGAGUUUGAUGAUGAUGAUAUGUGAAGUAGCGUUUUGACGUUUUAUGUAAACCUCUCCACUCUCGUCUCUACGUUUUAACCCUAAAUGGAUGGAACCUUUAACCGA